AUGGCCGCCAUCGCCCGGGCGCUCCCCUGCGCCCCCCGCGCAGCCUCCCUGGCCACGGCUCACCGCAGCCGCGCACGCCCACGCGCCGCUCGUGACCGCAUCGCCCUGCUGCUGCGGCCCGCGCGCUACCUGCGCCUGACCCUCGCCUACCUCUGCCGCCAGUCCCACCUCGCCCUCUGCGCCGCCUCCGGCCACCGCCCCCCCCGCGGCUCCAGCCGUGCCGUGGCCGCCGGCGCGCGCCCUCCUGGGCGCGCGGUCGAACCCUUACUCGGUCAAUGUCCGCGCGGGAGGGAAAUUUCCCCCACCUUCCUCCCUCCUCCACCCGACUUCGACCCGCCGGCGCUAGCAUCGCUGAUUCGGCCGCCACCGCCGCCGCCCCGCCUCCUCGCCGCGUCGCCACCGCCCCCCGCCACCCCACAGCGCCUCGUUUUGGCCGCUGCCCCGCCGCCCGAUUUGCCCGAGCUCGCCUCCGCCCCGCCGCCCCGAUUUGGCGGCCGGCCCGCCGCCCUGCCGUCCGCAUCUGGCCCCCGGCCUCCCCGCCGUCCGCCUCCCCGCCUCCCGCCCCGCCCGAGCGACCCCGUCGUCCGCCUGCCCGCCUCCACGCCUCGCCCGAGCCCGCGUCUCCGUGCGCCCACCGCCUCCCGCAGCCCCACCGCGUCGCCGUCCGCCCCCACCGCCGUAGUUUGCUGUCCAGUUUUGAGGGUUUGA